AUGCCGUCCAAAACGGCGUUGGAUCCGUUUGCCAUUGUCAUAGACGCCGCAAACCAAGCUUCUCUUGCCGCCAUCUCCGCGCAAACGGCAAUCUCUAUUUCCGAUCUUCGUCAGCUCAACCCCGCUCUUGGCUCGUACACACACUUGGAGCUUCUACCCCUCGGGACAGUGGUGCACCUGCCUCCGCGGUUGGAACAGCGGGGAAAACCGUACGGCAACUACUUCACCAUCGGGCCCAUGGAGGAGGCGUUACGUUCAUUGGACGCCAGACUGGAUGAGCUUGUUGCAAAGGAGCAGACACAGCUCCCAGCGCUUCCCCCAAGAAAAAUUUUAUCCAAGACAGAACGAAUUAUUGAAAUGGUGCGGAAGGAAGGUGAGCGCCAACUGGCACGUAUUAAGGAAGAGUACGCGGAAUGCGGGGAACGUUCAACGGUGUUUCAAUUUCUUGUGGAUGUGGAGCCUGUGAAGCAAUUGCAGAGUGAUAUUGAGGACGAAUUUGACGGAGGGAAACUUCAUUUGAAGGCACUAGAGAGUGCGAAUCAUGCGACAUUCAACAAGGCGUGGCAACAUCAGGAGAAUGCCCUUACAGAGGCCUCACGUUGGAGUGUGCGAGAUGCCUCUGAGGAUUUUUGUUUGGAAGAGCACUCUCAUCGCUGGGAAUUUACUUUCCUUUCACCGGAUGCAGCUCUGGAGGCACAUGAUACCUGGGCCGUGCUUUCUUGCCAGACCCUUGGUGCCCUCAUCGAUGCCUUUGAGUGUAGAAACUGUCUGCCUGUGAAUAUUUCCAAGAAUGCUUUUGUUUUUAUUGGUGGAACUUUCUAUAUUGACAAUCGCCACGCUGGAAUUGAAGGUGAAAACUACGAUGAUUUGACCGCCCCAAUUCGUCACUUUCAGCCAAUUGGAGAUGGUGAUUCUGGAAACAUGAAUGCUGUGGCGUUUGGACGAUGUCCUGUUAAGUACAUGUCAGAGACCACCUUUGCCGACCUGGAUUUGCGGCUUGGAGAAUUUGGCGUCAUUCGGCACAUUGGAUGGUGCAAUCACUAUUUUUAUCUAAGUUCUGUAGCGAGUCUUCGGGGCCUGGAACGCCAUGAUCGGGAGAAGGGGGCCUAUCCACAGCGUGUCAUGAGGGCGCCUCGUCGCGCUGUGCGAUGCCGCAUGUGUCGACAUUUUCCUGCCACCAUUGUAUGCUACAAGGAUGAGCUUUCGCCCUCUAGUCCGUGUCCUUACUGUGUUCCGUGCUUUGAGUUGCUGCACGCAACGGAUGAGGGUGUUGUUGAGGAAGACAAAUGCAUUGUCAUCAAGCAUCAUGAUGGAAAGUAUUUUUCAUCAUGA